AUGGCGUAUUCGAUCUAUCAACUGGAUCACGAUCUACGCGUUUUUCUCCUGCUAUUAGGCACGCCCAUUCUCUACUCACUCUUUCUCAUUUUCCGUGUUUUCGUCAUACCGCCAGCAGUCACGAAAUCUGUCCGAACCCGCGCAUCAGAGCGUGCACUUCCCAGUGCGUGGCGAACCGUCAACGAGGAACUUGACACAAGUCUGGACUGUCAUGGUCAAUUCUGGUGGCGCAGAACUGGUAUCCUGCUAGCUGAACUUCUGCAUGAUGCUGAGUAUACCCAGGACAGACAGCGUGAUGUUUUGAGACUCUUUGGCGGCGGUGCUGUGCCGUUCUUAGGUCUGGAACGGGAGUCCGGUGCACCGGGCUGGAAAAGUUUCAUGACCGACGAUCACCAUCCCAUCGAACUGAGCUGGGACUGGCACACCGGCCAGCAGGCUCCCACAGUGCGGUUCUCAAUCGAACCGGUGAGCCGCGCCGCCGCAACAAUGAAAGACCCGGAGAAUUGGUCUGGGGACCGACAAUUCCGUCAAGUCCUCCCCCGGAUCCUGCCGGCCAUGAAUACACAGUGGCUCCGGCAUUUCGACCAAGCCUUGAGCCCGGCAGUGCCUCCGGAGGGCUUCAUGGAGGGCCAUCCGUCCAAGAUCUUCUAUGCCUUUGACCUGGAGGAGGCCGACCAGACCGGAAAGGUCUAUUACUUUCCCGGGUUCGAGGCGCGGGCCACCCACCAGACGAAUCUCGACGUCCUCGUCCGGGCCAUUCAGACCGCACCACGCUGCAGCGACAGCGCCCCCCACCACCUGUCGGCCGCCCUCGGUCUGUUCCAGGCCUUUGUGAGGGACCCCUCCACGGCCCCACUGGAGCUCGACAUGAUGGCCAUCGACCUCGUCGACCCCGCCCAGUCCCGCAUCAAGAUCUAUUUCCGCAGCCGCGAGACGAGCUUCGCCUCCGUUCGCCGGACAAUGUCCCUCGGGGGAAAAGUCAGCGACCCCUGGCUGCAGCCGGGUCUCAGGAACCUGAAGCGGCUGUGGGAUAAUGUGCUCGACCAGGGAGACGUGCCCGAGGAGGGUGCGCUACGAGGGACGACCAGUACUCACCGAACCGCGGGGAUGCUCUACAACGUCGAAUUUCGGCUGGGCAGUGAGACGCCCAAAGUCAAGAUCUAUAUUCCCGUCCGACAUUACGCCCGCAGCGACUGGCAGGUCUUCACCGGGUUGAGGGAGUAUCUGCGCGGAGGCGAAGCCAAUGGCCAAGCCAGUGCAUCCAUCCCGCACUAUGGUCGCGCCCUUGGUACCAUCUUAACUAGUGCGUUGGAGAAUCAGACCGGAAUUCACACCUAUAUCGGCUGCUCCGUUCAACGAGGGGGGGAAUUGCGUGUGGUUUCAUACAUCAACGGACAGACGGACAAGUUUCGACCCGAAUGGGGCGCGAGCAACUGA